CUCGACAUGCCACGAACGACACUAGUUCUUGAUGGGCUAUGGCUCUGCCUAUGCCCAUCAUUUAAUAUCAACACGCUCAGCGGGGCUAGAGUAACUCUAGGGGCGAGCCAACAUGCUAAACGAAGAUUUUCCUCGUUGCCGCUGAAAAAGUCCAUGCCAGCUCGACCGACGUUUGGCCCAGAAGAACCCGCCACAAUUGAUUCCAGUCGCGAACCCGAUCAGAGGGACGUGACUCACGAAGAUAGUAUAAUCCGAUUGCUCCCUGACCAGUCGAUCCCCUUCACCUCGUAUGACCAAGUGACGACAUUUGAGUUCGGCGAUGCACCAGAGACUCUUUCGCGCAAGUCCACGCAGGCCCUGGAGACCAGGUUGCAGGAGAUAACGGCCAAGAACCCGCGGAUUCAAAAUACAGCACAGAUCCUACGCAUCCUCAUUCACGACCGCCAGGUACAUCCGGACACGCGGCACUACAGAGCUCUCAUUCUCGCCCACUCGGAUGCGGUGCGUGGUUCGACUAAAACAGUCCGCAGGCUGCUCGCGGAGAUGGAAUCCAAUGGGAUAGCGGCCGACUCAGGUACGCUACAUGCUGCUCUCCAGGUAUCGGCCGUUCACCCCGACUAUUUGCUGCGUCAAGAUGUCCUGCGGGCCCUUCGAGAGCGUUGGCUCUCGCUCAGCCCUACUGGAUGGCAUUACGUGGUGGCUGGCUUGCUUCGAGAACACCAGUUCGAGUUGGCAUUGGAUCAUAUCGGUCAGAUGGAGCGGAAAGGAGUGGUAGUCGAGAGCUGGUUAUUCAACAUGCUCGUCUAUUAUCUCUGUGAACUUCAAGAAUGGGAUGAGGUGCUCCGGCUGAUGCGCUCUCGGACGGAGCAACACCGCGAAAUCACACCGGAGCUGUGCUCGUAUGUUUUGGAAAUGGCAAGUAUGGCCGCCCACACCGAAACAAUCUGGUUCAUCUGGAAGCACAAGGUAGAACUGCGAUACCUGCGCCCUUCACAUGCCAUCUGCAACAAGGUCCUGGGGGUUGCAGCUCACAUAGGAGAUGUUGAUCUUGCUUCAUCUGUGAUUCAAUACAUGGCGGAAUCUGAGUUCAACGUCACCCUGCAGAAUUACGAAUGUAUGGUGGCAGCUCAUGUAGUGUCUGGAGACCUAUACGCUGGUUUGGAAGUUCUUUGCAGGAUGCACAAAGCAGGCAUCUCGCUGCGACACGACUCAACGCGUUUAGUACUCAAGCACAUGAUUGAGAAGAAUGUUAACCCUCGGGAUGUGUGGGCCAUGCUCAAAAAACUCAAAGCUACUAAGCUUCCAGUGCCGCUCCUCUGCGCUUUAGUGGUCUUCGAAAAGUGCGAGCAUGAAGCACUUAGUGACCCGUUGGCCGUGGAAGACGGUGUCGCGCUCUACAACGAACUGUAUACCCUGUGUCCGAACAAGGCAGAUGUCUCUCUAUUCAACGUCCUCAUCAACAUGUGUCGACGAGGCGAAAACAGCGACGCCGGCAUGUUCGUGGUCCACGAGAUGGCAAAACUGGGCGUGGUCCCUGAUGGGGUCACUUUCGAGCAUUUGGUUAUGAUGUGUCUGGACACGGGCAAUUAUGAAUCCGCAUAUAUGUAUUUCCAGGACCUCCUCUAUCGGGGAUUUUCUCCAAGCGAUGAGACCCGCGCCGCCAUUCGGGAGAUCUGCUCUCACUCCCGGGACCAGUAUGCAAGGCAAUUGAGGUAUCAUCCCCGCAUCCAGGAUGGCUCUAUCCAAUGUUUGGUCGACGGAAUGAGUUCUGCUGGCGAGCAUGACCGAGCGCUCAGUAAAGUUUCAUCCGAAGUGCCCUGGCGGGAAUCCCCUCGUUAUCCCACCAUGAAGUUUGAACCCUCUUUUCUGCAGUCAAAAAUCGCCGAGAGGAAGAGGGAAGUUUACAAGGAAAUACGACGGAUGAGGGCGAAGGAAGCGCGUAAGAGAAGAAGGAGAGCGAAGGCCAUUCAACAAGCAAUGGAAGAGGAAGGUUGGGAGGAUUACGAGCCUGGAGGUCUUGUCCCUGAGAAUUUGCCUGAUAGCAGUGGAGAAGACUCGCAGUCCGGUUGAGUCUUGGCCAUUGCCAACACCAUGCACGACGUGAAUCGUAAAGUUCAAUUUCAUGUAUUCUAGGUUGAUAUGCUACAAUUGUAUAGGGGGCUUGUUAUUUGGCCCCAAUGGAAGCC